AUGAGUUAUAUAUUGUGUAGGUGGUUGAAUACGAAACUGCGUCUCUCUCGAGUUGUUGAGCCAAAAACCUUUGCCAGAGAUUUUUCUAAUGGAUACCUCAUUGGAGAGAUUCUGCAUAAAUAUAAUCUGCAAACAGACUUUGAUACGUUUAGCAAAGAUGACAACAAGUCUUCAAAGGCAAACAACUUCAGCCGUCUUAGGACAACUUUACAGAUGAUUGAGAUAUCACUUGAUGAAACCACUGUCCAAGAGUUGAUGGAGGGGAACCAGGGUGCUGCCUCACAUCUCAUUUAUAUGCUAUAUGUUGCACUGGAACAGAAAAAUAAAAUAAUUGGAGGAUCACUUGAGAGCCUUAUGCCAAAGGCUUCCUCUGCAUAUCGGUGCAAGAAAGAGCAAGACCUGUACUCUGAGAGACUGCAUAGAGGGUUUGACAGUGCAGAUACCAACCCUGGCCAGAUAUCUCAGCCCAUUCAAGACGAAGAUCAGCAGUUAAACUUAAAAUUGAUGGAGGCUGAUGCUGCUCAACACAAGAAACCACUUCCAGUCAAAGACAACACAAAAGGAAGAAUGAAUGUGACCACAAUAGUUCAAAAAGCAAAGGCUCUACAAAAGAAAAAAGAGGAACAAAGGCGCAGAGAAAAACAGGCACAGGUUCAAAAUGAAAUUCAAAAGUUUGAAGAAAACACAAAGUUAACUAUUUCUGCCAUAAGUGAGUUUUCCCUGGAGGAACCAAAGAGUGAAGCUGAUUAUGCAAAAGAUAUUGAAUCAAAACAGCAUUUAAACUCUGAGUACAUCGAGCAGAUCAGACAAAGACUGAAGGAGAAUGUUUUCACUCAAAAACAGAGGGAGAGGAGAGCAGCUCAGUUUCUUGUGGAGCAGUCAAAGGCCCGAAAGACUGAACAGGAUGAACAGAUUGAAGAGUCCCUGGUGAAGCGUUUGACCCGACAGACAAUAAAGGAAAAGCACCUGGUGUCAGAGCUCCUGCAUAUCCGCUUACAGAAGGAAGUGAUGAUAAAGAACAAUCUCAUGAGACAGCAGCAGUUUCAUCAGAGGAGAGAGAAAGACUUUCAGGAGGCACUGGACAGAGAGGCGCUUCUAGCCCGACAGGAAAAACUAACACCUGCAGCUGAGAUCCAGAGGAAGCUGGAUAUGUGUAAUAAACUUGCUGCUGAGAGAAAACAGAAGAGAUACAUGAAACACUUCAACAUCUGCAAAGUGGUCAUGGGGCAGAUCGUGGAUUUGGCCACUAAAGCGGGAGAUUACCGUCUGCACACUGCCAGUAUUAUCCCUGAGAAACAGAUGAAAGAGUGGAAGGAGUUCCUGCUCAGUGGCCUGCCUCUAUAUGAGACAGUUCAGGAUGAGAAAGAGGAAAAUAAUCAGCUUGAUUCUGUGGAGUUUCUGAAGCAGGAUGUACUGGACAAACUCGACUAUGAAGAAUACGAGAAAAUGAUUGGUGAGUGGGCACAACCAGAAGAAGCACAACAGACUAAGAUACCAUCAACUAAAAGCAGCAUUUUUGACCAUGUGAUUGUUCAAAUGAGAAACAUUGUGCAUCCAACUCCUGCCUUUCCUCCCUUCAUCCUCAAGGCCUGUGUCCUAGGCAAGUCCUGCUCCGGGAAGACAACCUGUUUAGAUAAGAUAGCACAAGCCCAUGGUUUCUACAUUUUAUCCAUUAACAAACUGGUUGAGGAGGUGCUCAAUGCGUAUCACAGUAAAGAUGUGAUUUCAGAUCAGCAAUCAAAUUCUCACACCAAAGACGAUCAAGAAUCUACAGACACUAAGUCUUUCCAGCUAACCAAAUGGGCCUUGCUUGGGGAAGCUGCAGACAAGGUGAUGACAGAAGGGAAACCACUCUCCAAUGAGCUACUAGUGGACAUUAUAACAGAGGCAAUCAGACACCUUCCUGCUUACUCUGGCUGGAUCCUGGAUGGGUUUCCUGUGAACAUUUCCCAGGCACAUCUGAUAGAGAAAGCCCUAGGAGGGUCUGACGAAAAAGUGGGUAAAGUUAGUGACAGUCUUAACGAUCCAGCUAAGAUUUCAGCUCCAGUUCUGGACUUGGCUUUGAUUCUAGAUGUUUCAGACGAUUGUGUUACAUCACGAACAGCAAAACAAACAGAUGAAAAUAAGCUGGCUGAAAUUUCAAGCAGAGUUGCAGCAUUUGAAGAUACAUGGCCACAAUUGGAGGAAUGGUUUGGUACGAAACAGAACAUUUUGGUCCAUGUGAAUGCAGAUGUUGAUGAGGAAGAGCUAUUUAAAGCAGUGGAGUCCAUCCUACAGCCAGUUAACCAACCAACAGGAGGGCCUGAGUCAUCAUUUAACCAUGACCAGCCCCUGUCUAUUGUUGAUGAGCAACUUCCUGCAGACCUACUUGAAGAACUAUGGUCCAUAAGUGAUACACGAAGGGAGGAAAAUGAGCAAAAGAUUGCUCAUGUAAAAGAAGAUGGGUGGCUGGUGGACUGCACAGAUGUUUUGCUGCAACACCAUUCAACACUUAUACAGGUGGAAGUAGAGCGAUUCCAGGCCAUACUUAGUAUUCUCCAAACCUACUAUCUGAGCAUGUGUGAACAAAUAAUGCCUGGCAAUAGUCUUGGUGUUCAGGAAGAAUGUAUGCAGUCUAAGAUAAGGCCAGAUGAAAAGGCUGCCAAGGUGUUAGCAGAAUCCCCACUGUUCGAUAGAGAGGCAAGAGAGCCAAAGGACAAAGAAGAGAUCAAUCCUUGUCCAAGCACUGAUAGAAAUAGGGAUGCUACAAAGGUGCGCAUAGCUCUAAUAAAAAUCCAUGGUUUGAAAAUGGUGGAUUGCCUCCAGAGCAGAUUGGACAAAAUGAAGAACACUAUGGAGGAGUUGGUGAAAGAACAGUUUAUGGUGGAAAUUAAAAGCGUGCAGCGUCGUGCGGCGGUCAGGGACCGUGCCUCUGGACUGGUCCCUCUGUUUAAGAAGGGGGACUCGAAGGUGUGUUCCAACUCCAGGGGAAUUAUACCCCUCAGCCUCCCUGAUAAGGUCUAUGCCAGGGACUGGAGAGGAGAAUCUGGCCAAUAG